CACAAAGUCCUGGUCACAAAAGCAAAGUUUGUGGGGAAUAAUAACCAUUUUCUAUACUUUGUAGGCAUAAGCAGUUAAAAAAAUAACGCUUAGUACCCAGGGACAAAAAUUGUGUUACAUAGUGAUAAUGAGAUCGCCUUUCAGACCACGUGUUCUCAAUAGCUCGCCCAUCAGAGAGCACGCGACCCUGCAAGUGGUUAAACUCACAAACCUGUCAACCCAUACGGUUUACCCCGGAUUCUCUUACAGGGAAAUUGUGUUUUCAGGUCCAUACGACGUACAGCUGUUUUAAUACGGGCAAGAAAAAAAUGUCUAUUUGUUUGUGUUUCUCCCUUAUGAUGGGACUUUGUAGGAUGAACGUUGAGAUUUAUAAGGGCACGGGGUGACCAAUAAGGUCUGAAUCGGUUUGUAAUAAGGUAGGCACUGAUUAAGGGGUUGACAGGUAUGGACUCGGACCCACCUGUUCCCAAAUAGUUAAUCAGAGAAGAACGUGUUUUGAAUCGCUCACCUGUAGCUCAUUAGGCCAGGUGCAACUGAUAAGCUCGUUAUAAAAAUGAUUAUCCAAAUUUAAUUGCGUCCAAAGCCGGAAGAACCGCCCGCAUCUAUUUAAGAAAAAAACCCCUUCUCGCUUUUGCUAAGUGGCAGGGUCGCUCUCACGUGUCCUGUUUGUGCACAAAGUGCUGAGCCACGCGGAGAAAAUAAGUUUGCCCGUCUGUCUGUGUGGUCGGUGCGUUUACACCACAAGCGUAGAUACGGACGCCGAAAGCACAGGGUGCCAUUGCUUUUUGAGGGGUCAUGGAACGACCAGCAUGGGUCUGGAGCCUGGGACUGGUUCUGCUCCUCCUGACGCAGAGCUCUGCCCAGGAGUGCGGAGUGGAUGUCAGAGCGCUGGGUGCCGAGCUGCCGAGCCGGGUGGAAUUGUCUAUGGCUCAAGCUGGACUCAAUCUUCUCUAUAUGAAUUCAGGCUUCAGUCCGCAGUCACCGCCACAGGCCGCUUGUCAGCGAUCGGCCCUGGGCUGCGCAGGGUGGCUGGACCCGCGCUGCUCCAUCGCACCGUCCGCGUCUGCCGCUACCGCAAGUCCUGGCGACGUCGGCCCGACCGUCGCCGCCACUACCAUCUGGUCCAAUUGGACGCUCCGCUCCCCAGACGCGCGCUCGUGCCUGCUCGUGCAGGCCUGCCCGACGGCCUGCCCGCGCUCCGCCCGCUGCGAGCGAGUCUUCGUGUCGGCGUUGCCUGCUGAGACGCUUCCGCCGGGGUCGUCCUCGUCCGCGGCCAAUCCUCCUCCCCAGGUGGUGUCGGUGGGACCUUGCAUUCUUCGCUGCGCCCCGAGUCGCGUGCUGCUCGUCCCGUGGAGUGGUGCGCAUGUCACUGUGGUGCCGCAGUCGCUGGGGCACGGAGGGGCGGGCAGUGGCGAGCAGCGGAGCCCCGUGCGGCUGCGUUACAUCGCGUUUGGAAGUCGCCGCUCGUCAUCUUCUGUCUCCUUCGGCGCCGCCUCUGCCAGCGACGAGGUGGGAGCGCGCGGACGCCCGAAUGCUGACGACGACGACAGGACGAGGACGUUGCGGCAACUCCGAGAUUGGAUCAGGGCUGGGUGCUCCGAAUACGGCGUUCUUCAAAAUGGCGACAAUUUUGAGUGUCUGAGUGAAGGUGUCAAGAACGGCGCUGCUACUGAUGGUCGUGCAGCUGGGUCUGCUCUUGGUGCUGCAGGUGGUGGUGGUGCCGCUACUCUCACCUCUCGGUUGACCAACUCCAAAACCAGCCCUGUCGAUUCCGACCCUAACGGGGCCAUGCCACAGUUCCCCCCGCCGCUCGGUCGUGCCACCAAGGCGUCCGACGUCACCGACGUGCAAAGCCCAUGGCAUCCAUCGUCGCCGCCGCCCUCGCUCCUUCCACCGUUCCGCGAGCGCGUGCUGGACUUGGGAAGUGGCUACCCUCGUCUCCACCUGCUGCUGCCCGCGGGCCAGGAUGGGCAGGCAGAGAGCCGGUUUGUGGCCGCCCUGCGGGACUUGAGCCGUCAGGCCUGGGUGCAGGCCCCCCUCAAGGGCCCCGCCAUGAGGUCCCUGCGCAUCCGCGUGGACCUACCCUUGCACUCGGACGAUGCGAGCGGCCCUUUGGACCCGGCUGGACCUCGCGGCCAGAACCUCCUCAUGUUUGAGAGACGCAGCAGCAGCCAAGAGGUCGCGGCCGAUGGCCACAAGUGCGAGUCGCGUCCAUCUGCCGCCCAGGAGCCGGUGCCGCUGCCCGAGUGCCACGUGGAGCUGCGCGGCCGCACGGGCUCAUUCUCAUCCCCCGGCUUCCCGAGCUCCUACCCGGCGGGCGCAGUUUGCCGCUGGACGGUGCGAGCGGCGCGGCCGGGCCAGGCCGUGCUGGUGCGCGUGUGCGGGUUUGCGGGACGGCGCGGCGAGUGCUGCCUCUCGAGCGACAAGCUCGUGCUGGAGGAGGUGCCCCGCGGCUCGGCGAGCGCUAUGGUGCUGGCGUGCUGGGGCCACGGCGCCUUCCUCUACAGCCCCCGCGGCGAUGGCGUGAGCGUCGUGCUCAUGGCCGGCCAGCGGGAGGACGAGGAGAGCGGCGGUGGUGGUGGUGGUGGUGGUGGUGCCGCCGCGCCACCGCGUCGUUUCAGGGGACGCUACUUCAUCCUGGACAAAGAUGACGUGGUGAACCUCUCGGAGCUGAGCUGUGACGGUGAUCGUGAUGAUGGUGGCAACAAAGGUCGUGAUGGCAGCAGAAACGAGGAUUCUUUGAGUUUUGGGGCGGAUGAGGGGGUUCCAGCAGUGACGACUGGGGCAGCGGUGGAAGCUACGGCAAUGGCGGAGGCGACGCCAGAGGGAGACGCUGCUGGGGAAGGUCGAUGGGACCGCUUGUGGCGUUGGAUGUUACUUCCAGUGAAGGGCGUGCAGGAGGAGUUGACAGUGUUGGAGUCGACCAUGCUGACCGUUUUGUCAUCCGCCAAAUCCACGGAGCUGGAAGAGGAGCAAGGAGGGCAACACCGUGCAAUUGCACCAUUGACACCGGCGUCCAUUGGCGAGGUUGUGAAGUCCACCCUGGGACGCUCAAGAGGGACGACCACGGAAACGACACGGUCCAUGCGGCUGAAAGAGAUUCGUACCACUGUCUCCACACACUCUAUGGUUUCUACGCACACGCCUGUGGCGCAAGGCGUGGAUGGCGGCGGUGAACUUCCCAGUGGAAUGAACACGCGGUCCCCUGGUGUGACGGAAGUCGCGGCGCGCGAAUGGAGCGAACGGCCAGAAGACUCGGCCAUGGUGGCAGAGUCGCCGAGACGCCCGCCGACCUUCACGGAUGUGCAGAGGUCGGACACCAAGAGCGAUGUACUAGCGACUUUGUCAUCCGCACCCUCGUCCAGGUCACCUGUCCCUCCGCAUCUCCCCUUGAAUCAUAGGCCGGCCCUACCGCAGGGGAACAUGUGGCUCCUGGCAGUGGCCAAACACCUCGAGAGCCAGGCAGCGGCCGAAGAGGAAAAAAUUAUUCUCGAAAAGCCAUCAACGGAGCACGGCCCCGAGCGCCGUGCCAUCAGCCAACCAUCUCCACUGCCACUCGACAGUGUGGCAGAAGAUCCCAGCAGUGGAGCAGAGGAUUUUGCCCCCACUCUGUGGACCUUCGGCGAGGACAAUGGUACAGAUGCCGUGACGAUGAACGUUAUUGCCGAUGAAGACCAUUCUCAUCACCCCACUGAGGAGGCCCAGGAAGAGGAAGAGGAGCAGCGGGAACCUCUGCUGGAACCUCUGCUGGAGAAUGGACCUGAGCGUCACGCUGUGCUCACUUCACCAGGGCCAAGUUUGGAGAAAUUCUACUCGGGCACCACGAGUGCCUCAGAGCUAGAAACCCAGCCGCCUGUCCAGAAUUGGUCUUCGUCACAAACCGACGAGGGAAUGAAUUUGGCAAUUGGUCCAACUGGGACACCCCAGGAGGAUGGAGAUCAGCCCUUUAGAGCCGCGACGAGUUCCCUUUCAUCCGAGCAAGACUUUUCCGAUUCCUCCUUUAAGCCGGUGGACAAAGAGGUGUCCAUCUUGUUCUCUCCGCCGGGAUGGGGCCCGCUUGACCACAUCAUCGAGAGGAUAAGAACCCCUGCAGAGGAGGCCACACCGCAAGGCGUCCAGAACAACCAGCAGCGCGGAGGAAUAAAGGGACCGUCCUACCGCACACAUUCGGGGCCAUUUAAACCCAAAGAGUACACGUGGUUUGAGGUGACGGUGCACUCGGCCCUGCGGAGUCGCAACAACACGAAGGUGGAGGUUGAGGAGCUGGUGCAGCUCCUGAAGUCUCACUUGGAGCACCUGAUCCACAAGUCUGAGCUGGAAAGCGUCAAUAAGGACACUUUCCUCGGAGUGGUACCCAGACAUUCCAACUGGAUGAUCAGUAAAUCGGAGUUCCUCACCAAGUUUGGGCUCUUCCUGCGCCCGCACACACACGCGGGGGCCCGCUCGGAGCUGCAGGCCUUCCUGGGCCACGGCCACCACCACCUCCUAAGCAGCCACGACAACGGCACGAGUCUGGAGCUACUGGCCGUGCAUGUUAAGGACGUGGACGAGUGCGUGGCAGAGCAGCACCUGUGCGACACCAACGCUGCGUGCCGCAACACGCAGGGCUCCUACACCUGCAGUUGUCACGACGGCUUCCUUGACGUGGACCCGGCGUGGCAGGGCGUGCGCUGCACGACUGUGCAACUCGAAGAGGUGCAGGAGAGCAGCAUGUCCGCCGCCGUGCUCGCGGUAGUGCUGGGUGCCGUCGCCUGCGGCCUCUUCCUGCUCGUCAUGGUGGCACUGCUGCUCACCACGCUCGUGCAGAAGCGGCGCGCGGAACGGUGUCGGCAGGACUGCGACGAGAGCUCCGCCGCUGUCGGCUCCCCGCCGCGCCCUGGCGACACCUACACCGUGCGCUCGUAUGGCGAACAAGCCACCGUCCCGCCGUCGCAGUCCCAGCCUUUGGCGAGCGGCGUGGGCGGCCGGUACCAGCAGCGGGGCCGCCACAAUGGGCAGUACCGGCGUCGGGGCGACCUGCAGGUGUCCACCGUGAACGAAGAGCUUGUGGCGGAAGGAUCGGAGCAGGAGGCGUGCGCCGCCGGGAUGGCGUACCCGCCGCCGCCACCACUGCUGCCACCCCCAUCACCUCUUACCGCCGAGAUGUGAAGAGUUGGUUGAAGAUGGGGCCCACAAAACGAAUGGAUUUUCAUUUUGAAGUCACAAUUCGAUCCACUGUGGUAUAAUAAUAAUCAACCUUGAAUAGCAUGGGAAAAUCAUGCCCAAUUCCCAUGGGAAUUGGGCAUGAUUUACCAUUGUGUAUGUAAUUUGUGUACUCGUCAUAUGAUCGUAUUGUCGCAUAGAUUAACGCGUACAAAUGUUAUGCUGCAUUGGUGUCGUGGUUAGCACGCUGGACUUGUGUGAAAUCUAUAGAUUGCUAGUUUGAUUCAAUCUCCCGGCGUGGCACUUGAAACAAAGACCAAGUCAUUAAAUCACCCCCCACCUCUGUCCACCCAACCUCAUGAAUGAUCACAACGACAGUUGAUCAGCAUAUUGUGUGUGGUGGGGCGAAGUAUGGGUACACCCACCUCUUCCAAGACUUCCUAGCCAGUGUAGCGGAGUAGGCUGAAUGACAUCGAGCCCUGCUGCGAGGUGAAGUUUCUC